AGCGGCGGCGGGUGAGACGCGGGGAUGGCGGGCGCCGGGAGCGAAGCCCGGUUUGCCGGGUUGUCGCUGGUGCAGCUCAACGAGCUGCUGGAGGACGAGGGGCAGCUGACGGAGAUGGUGCAGAAGAUGGAGGAGAAGAAAAUAUUCUGUGAACUGUCCUCUCUCGACCGAAGGGAAUAUGCAGACUUUGGAAUCAAAUACUCCAGGCUGGACUUGGCCACUUCCCAGCUGUGUGAUUUCAGACGCAGAAUGUUCAGCUCAACAAAGAAAUGACGCUCGCCAGCAACCGGAGCCUGGCAGAAGGAAACCUUCUGUACCAGCCCCAACUGGACUCCCUGAAAGCACGUUUGACCCAAAAAUACCAGGAACUCCAGGUUCUCUUUGAAGCCUAUCAGAUAAAGAAGACCAAAUUAGAUAAGCAGUCUAGCAGUGCUUCCUUGGAGACCCUGCUGGCGCUCCUGCAGGCAGAAGGAGCCAAGAUUGAGGAGGACACCGAGAACAUGGCAGAGAAGUUUCUUGAUGGAGAGCUUCCUCUGGACUCCUUCAUCGAUGUCUAUCAGAGCCAGCGGAAACUGGCCCACACGCGAAGAGUGAAAAUCGAGAAGCUCCAGGAGCUGGUGCUGAAGGGGCAGAGACUUCCACAGGCAUUGGCGCCGGCCCCGCUGCUGCCCAGGGUGCCCGAGCCGGUGCCCGCUGCCCCCCUGCCCUACCCUACCUCGGAGGCCAGCGGGCCCCCCUCCAUGCUACCUCGGCGCAUCCCCCCGCCACCACCCCCGGUGCCUGCAGGACGUUUGGCCACACCAUUUACUGCCGCCAUGGGCUCAGGACAGGCCCUCCCGUACCCGGGAUCCCAGUGCCCACCCCUGCCCCCCCGUGUGGGCCUGCUCCCCCCACAAGGAUUCUCUGCACAGUUCGUGUCUCCGUACCCACCCGCUCUUCCCCAGAGACCCCCGCCCCGGCUGCCUCCACACCAGCCAGGCUUCAUCCUGCAGUGAGCCGCCCUGUCCUUCCUGGGAGGCUGCACCUGCCGGCCGGGGCUCUGCACACACAGGCUUCAAGGAGCAGAGUGCCGGUGCCCUGGGCCAGCACAGCCAUUUGUUUUUAGAACUGUAGGUCAGCGGUAAGUAGCCGUAGGCCCCAGUUUUGUGCCCAGGGGGUUGUGUGUGCAAGGCCUCGGCCUGGCAUCCCCACGGUCACGUUGGUUUGUUUUCGGUAUGAUUUCUAAGUCUUGUAACGUUGACGGACUCCUUUAAGUUUGGGGGGAAAGCAUCCCUCCCUUCCAUGUAGACCUGGGGUCCUCCCGUUGCAGCUUCACUUAAUGAGCAUGCUCCAUUUCUGCUGUGUGUGCAGAAGACCGGGCCGAGCGGCAUAGCCCACCGCGUGCCACAGUCAGGUGGGUCAGGUGGGCCGGCCUCGAAGGUGCUUACUGAAUCCGCGGGCAGGGGUUGCCAGUCACCCCUCCUGCCAAACCUGGAUGCUUCAAAGCCCCAUGCAGCGUUUGCACCGGGCCCUGGCCAGCUGCAGAGGCUGGGUGAGGUGCAGCCAGGCCGGGGGACAUGGGGCUGGGCUGGACCUUGCACGGCGAGGUCCCCAGCUGCUCCUCUCUCCCGCAGCGGGCCAGCCCCUGGCGGUUUCUACAAAGAAAUACUCCCCUAAUAUUUUUACUAUGUGUAAUUUUCCUAUUUUAUAUUGGCAAAGAAAACUUUUUGGACACAAGACCAUUCAGGGAAACUUUAUAAAAAUGCACAUAUUGUUUUGAGCAGAUUGAAGUACAGAAGUGAAUGCCAUGUCCUUUUUGACAAGCAGUGUGUGGUCACACCUGUGGGUGCCUGUGCUGUGCCUUAGUUUCCCCUGGUGCCAGUGAGGGGCCGGCUCCGGCUGGGCAGGCGGAGGGGUCGCUCUCACGAGUGGCUUCAUGUUCCCCGAGGGGCUUGUGUGUCGUCGUUGCCAGCGGAAGCAGCCUGGCCCGCUGUGGACCGGGGUCCUCCUAGCCCAUCUGCUCUUCCUCUGCUGGGGCCUCCGGGCAGGAGGGGGACAGGACUCCAGCGGCAUCUCAGCUGGGGCUGCGUCAGCAGAGGUGCCAACAAACUCAGACGCUCUAGCAACACCCCAGCUCUUCCUGGCCCUUUAGGGUCUCACCUGCCCAGGUGACAGAACUGAGGCAGAGCCCGCCCAGGGUCUGUCCCAGAAGGCCAGGGGCGAGGCCGCCACGCUUUGUCUUCGGUUCCCCUGGGCGUGAACGCCCGUGUCCUGUUUGUAAAGCUGUAGGGGACGGUUUACUGCCCUGCCGAUCAGGGGUGCCUGCCACGUUCUGGGAAUCUUGAGGUGGAUGUCCCCCUAUCCCUCCACCACCCGAGGGCAGGGGGUCCCCACAACCUGUACAGGGUGUAGCCGAACGUGUGAGCUCAGUGUGGAUGUGGGGAAGGAGCUGCCAGGCUGGCCUCGUCUCUUUCCAGGGCUGUGCUGUAAAGCUGGAGGACCCUUUUUAAUAAAUAGAGAAUUAACAA